CAGGCAGGCGGACAGGUGCUGUUGCCUCGCGCGCUGCGGCUGCCUUUGCUGCGAGACCAGGAGCGCGUCCCCGAGAUGGCUUCUGCGACAGAUGCUCGCUACGGCCAGAAAGAGUCCUCCGACCAGAACUUUGACUAUAUGUUCAAAAUCCUCAUCAUUGGCAACAGCAGCGUAGGCAAGACAUCCUUCCUCUUCCGGUAUGCCGAUGACUCCUUUACCCCGGCCUUUGUCAGCACCGUUGGCAUUGACUUCAAAGUGAAGACCAUCUACCGCAACGACAAACGCAUUAAACUACAGAUCUGGGAUACGGCGGGUCAGGAACGGUACCGAACCAUCACCACAGCCUACUACCGGGGUGCCAUGGGCUUCAUCUUGAUGUAUGACAUCACCAACGAAGAGUCAUUCAAUGCCGUCCAGGACUGGUCAACCCAGAUCAAGACCUACUCGUGGGACAAUGCCCAGGUGCUGCUGGUGGGGAACAAGUGUGACAUGGAAGACGAGCGGGUGGUGUCUUCGGAUCGGGGCCGCCAGCUCGCAGAACAUCUGGGGUUCGAGUUCUUUGAGGCCAGCGCCAAGGACAACAUCAACGUGAAGCAGACCUUUGAGCGCCUGGUGGACAUCAUCUGUGAAAAGAUGUCCGAGUCCCUUGAUGCGGCUGACCCAGCGGUGACUGGGGCCAAGCCAGGUCCCCAGCUGACUGACCAACAAGCCCCCCCACACCAGGAUUGUGCCUGUUAAAGAGACUUUGGUGUGGCACCCCCAACCCCUCCCCGUUCCUUCUGGAACCCAGAGCCCUAGACACACACCCCCACCCCAAUGCUUACCCUUUUAUGUUGGGGGAGGGCUAAAGCCAGAAGGAGGCUGACCUGUGUAGGAAUUGUGGCUCUGUCCUUUCAUUUCGGGGGAAGGGGGUGGCAGUGUAUGUGUGUGAAUGCCUGUUCCUUCCUCUCCUAGGUCCAGUGGAGGAAAUCUAAUUUUGGAGAAGAAGAGCUUUUAACUGUUCUGCUAGACUGAAUUUAUUUAUUUAUAGGGUUGUUUUUUUUUAAAUGUCCCCCAUAUUUACAAGUCCAGACUCUUUUUUUUCUUCCAUUGUUAUUGUGCUCUCUACCCCUCCCCUUUUGUGUCUUGCUCAGGAGGGGAGAUUUACGGCAGUCCCUCUUCCCAGCCUCUCAGAUACCUAAAGGGGAAAGGUAUCCAUUGCUGAGGCUGAAGAUAAGCCCAGUUUCUGGCCCAGAGUCCAUUCGGGCAAGCCAGGUUAACGUCAGGCUGUGGCUUCGGGUAUGCAGCCCCCCACCUUGGACCCCUCCCCAAGUAGGCUGGUGGGAGCUCCGCCUGGCACCGCAGUGAGUCCCUGCAGGCGGCUGUUCACCCAGCCCCGUUGUGGCUUCUCAGUCAUGCAAGCUACUGGCCAGCAUUGGUUGGGUUGUACUACUCCUGCCUGCACGCAGGGGCUUGUGCACCUGAACGCCCUCUCUCCAAGCCUGCCAUGGGAUAAGGUUAAAUUCAAACAUUCUCCCCUGCACGGAGACCCUUUCAUUGGGAGGCGGUGGCGAUAUUCUAUUUCAGAUGCAGGGUUACCUUCCAGUCUUUUUGCUGGGUGCUCAGUGGGCCAGUACCCAGCAGGCCCGUAGCUACAGUGGGGCAUUUUGGGGCCUGGCCCCGACUUCUUG